UGGGAGACCAGAUAUGGUGAAUGCAGGGCCCAGGGAGAGCGGAUAUAGUGAAUGCAGGGUCCGGGAAGACCAGAUAUAGUGAAUGCAGGGGUCUGGGGAGACUAGAUGUAGUGAAUGCAGGGUCCGGGGAGAGCGGAUAUAGUGAAUGCGGGGUCCGGGGGAGAGCGGAUAUAGUGAAUGCAGGGUCCGGGGGAGACCAGAUAUAGUGAAUGCAGGGUCCGGGGAGACCAGAUAUAGUGAAUGCAGGGUCCGGGGAGAGCCAGAUAUAGUGAAUGCGGGGUCCGGGAGAGAAGAUAUAGUGAAUGCGGGGUCCGGGGAGAGCGGAUAUAGUGAAUGCGGGGUCCGGGGAGAGCGGAUAUAGUGAAUGCGGGGUCCGGGGAGACCAGAUAUAGUGAAUGCAGGGUCCGGGGAGAGCGGAUAUAGUGAAUGCAGGGUCCGGGGAGGCAGAUAGUGAAUGCAAACUCGGGUAGGAGAGCGGAUAUAGUGAUAUAUGCAGGGUCCGGGGUCUAUAUAU